AUUGCGCUGCCGAGUAUCUCUCGCGGUCGCCAAGUAGAUAAUGUCCAAGGCCUGCAAGGUGGCGGAGCCGCCCUUUGCUCUGAAUAAUGCGCUCGAUAGAAUUGGUCACUUUUCGUUCCGGGUGUCUUGAGUUUGAUUGCAGAACCCGAAAGGAGUUCUGGACCAGAGAACUUUCUAUUAGUUAACGGGGCUCUGCAAAAGCAAUACAAUUUUCCCCAAAACAAGCAGCUGAUGUGGUUUCAGUUUUCUGGAGCCCAUACAGACAUUCAGCAACACAAGGAAAACUCUCUGGUAUCUGUUUCAGAUGAGCCAGACACACUGUAUAAGAAACUGGCUGUUUUGGUUAAAGGUCACGACAGAACUGUGUUGGACAGUUAUGAAUAUUUCAUAGUGCUUGCUGCUAAAGAACUUGGCAUUUCUGUUGAAAAGGUAGAAGAGCCGCCAAAGAAGAUUGAACGAUUCACUCUUCUGAAAUCAGUGCACAUUUACAAGAAGCACAGAGUUCAGUAUGAAAUGAGAACGCAUUACCGGUGUGUAGAGUUAAAGCAUUUAACUGGCAGCACAGCCAAUGUUUAUUUGGAAUACAUCCAACGAAACCUACCUGAAGGGGUGGCUAUGGAAGUUAAAAAGACUAGAUUGGAAGAGCUUCCUGAACAUAUUAAAAUGCCUGUGUGGGACACACUGCCUGAAGUAGAAGAAACAGCAAGUCAACCAUGAGCCUACAUUAGUAACCUGAUACUAAUUCUAAAACAAAUGACCCUUUUUUUAAAUGGCCGAACUGUUGGAACUGCUAAUCCAGAAGAUACUUAAGAUGAAAUCAAGCAAAACAGACUUAACAGAAGAUUGUUGUGUACUUGUUCUUUAUAGCAUGUUGAUCUGAAUAUAUGGAAUA